GUACGCAAAUUUACAAGAAUGAAAUGGAAUUAUUAAAUGAAUUCAAAAAAUAUGUUAAUAGAAAAAAGAUUAAAAAUAAACAAGAUAAAAAUAAUUUCAAAAGCAAAAAACAAUCAAAAGAGAAAAAUACUAAGAAAGAAUAUAAACUUCAACCUUCCAAGUAUACUCCUGAAUCUCCUAUAUAUAUUCCUCAAUCACCAUCUACUCA